CCGCAAUCAAAUAUUGGACUUGAUGAUACAGGAUUAACAUCUGUUCACCUGAACAUUGCAAGACAACUGCUUUUACGCGGGGCGGAUAAUAAAUCGUGCAUGGGUUUGUGCGAAAAUUUCCCAGAACUACAUUCCUUUUUGACCAAAAAAGUUGACCCUGACAGUGUGCCCAUGAUCAUUCCAUGGACUUCGUUUACCAAAGCUCACGUAGACAAACUUAAAAGAGUUUCAAGGAAACAAAAUGUUGGCACCAUUGGCACCUACUGGUUUCAUAAAGAACCGAUAGGAGGUGGGUCGUUUGGUCAUGUUUUUGUAGGAAUCAACGAAAAAGAUGGAAGAGAGAUUGCAAUUAAGAAGAUUGAAAAAUUGCGACUUGUACGGCCAGAAGAUCAAAGAGAAAUAAGAAAUUUGACAGCAUUAGCAGAUUGUCAACAAGUCGUUAGCUACAUCUUCUUUGAUGACAGUGACAAGGACUUUGUAUACACUGUGCUAGAAUUGAUGGAGGGACAUCUAGAUGAUUACUUUGCAAGUUCUUGGUUUAAUGUGAGUCGAAGCGUGCUACUAUGUAAAGAUAUUGUCGAAGGACUAUCGUAUCUACAUGGGCAAAAGCCAAAGCCAAUACUUCACCGUGAUCUCAAACCAGGAAAUAUCCUUUACAAACUCCAUCCCAAUCUUUGUCUUAAGAUUGCAGAUUUUGGUCUGAGCAGCCCUCUGACAACAGUUGGGACCACUGUUCUUGGUACCAAUGUUGGCACUCGAUGCUGGAUUGCUCCAGAAGUUAUAUCUUCUAGCACUUACCAGCAUUCUCCAUCGUCUGAUGUCUUUUCUUGUGGACUCUUGGUCCAUUACAUUCUUUCAAAGCAAAAGCAUCCAUUCAGUCCAGCGGAUUGCUCUAAUAAGAGCAGAGAAGUUAUAGAUGUCAAAACACAAAGCAAUAUGCUAAGCUACAACAUGGAUGGAUGGGAUAAAUUCCUUACUCCUGAAGCAACACACCUAAUAAAAGGCAUGCUACAACAAGAUCCGAGUCACCGACCUUGUGCAGGCGAUUCACUAAGUCACCCUUUAUUCUGGACUCAAAAGAAGAAGAUGGAUUUCCUAUGUGCUGUUGGCAAUCAGUACGAGUUUGAAUGUCCACCUGCUAGCAAAGCAGCCUCUCAUCAUAAACCAACAGCAGUAGAAACUGAUCUUCAGAACAACUUCUCCAUCAUUGUAAGAUAUGCAAAAUGGGAUAAUCCUAAUUACAAAGAUAUGGCAAAAGUCGUUGCCGAGAUGAAGAAAACAAUCAAAAAAGUAAACAAAAAGGGAGCAACCUACUUCCAAAAGCCAAGAACCUACGAUACUGGUUCCGUGGUUGAGCUAGUUCGUUUCAUCAGGAACGCAAACAAUCACGUAUCUGAGCGCAGUCGACCACCUGACAUUAAGAAACUGAUUCUUGAGGACUUUGUGUUUUUGAAAGAAUUUCCUUAUCUACUGAUGGAGGUUUACAAAGCUGUGACUACACAUGGGUGGGACCCCAGGGAAGAAAUCAAGUAUGCUAUGGCAGAUCAGGAGCACCAGCCAUGAAUUGCUUAUAAACACGCAUGUGUUCCACAAGCCUACUACAGCCUGGUAGUCCACAAGACAAGAAACUACCAAGAUUAACUAUAGAACACAUAGCUUUAAAUAUUUUGAACAGAAUGUAUUAGAARAAUGUUGCAUYAAUCACAUAAUCAAUUAAGUAUCRUUGCUAUAAUAAGCAACUCGUAAUAGAAUAAAAGCCAGAGUACGCAUGCUCUGGAACAUUCAAACGUGAUUGGCAUAUUUUUAUGCCAUAUUAGGUACUCAAAGCUCGAUGCAAAAUAUAUAGACACUCGUAUUACGAAUAAUGAAUAUUUAAAUAUUUUCUUUCUUUAGAAAUAUUUUUCAAGAAAUGCAUUGAGUUUGACAAGUUUACAUUUUUAUUMUGGGUUUCUAGUGAUACGCAUCAACAUCACUGCAAAUAAGCAAUACGUAAAUUACACGUAUAUUCAUACGGAUACGCAAUA